AAAUCAACGGUUAUUGCGUGAAUUCAGGGCUAUGGCAUUAUUUUUGGACCAGUCGUUCGAUUUGGUUAAAACAGUCAGCGUGGAAAGAGAAAGAGAUUUUAUUUUCAACACAAACAUGGUCCGGUUUACAGAUGUAACAACAGAGCAAACGUUGUCUUCUCCUGAACUGGAAAGAACUAUCCUUCCAGAGGGACAGAGGAAAAGAAAGAGAACUAUUUUCAGCCGCGCUCAAUUGUCAGAAUUGGAGCGCGCUUUUGUGGUUUCCCCGUACCCGGACAUCACCCUGCGCGAAAGACUAGCUGCACUCACACUGCUUCCAGAAAGCAAAAUUCAGGUGUGGUUCCAAAACAGACGAGCUCGCAGUAUGAAAAGCAAGAAGCUGACCAGACCAGUAAGGAGAGUAAGUCCAGGCAGGACAGUAAGCUCGAACCCUUUACCUGCAGCUAGACUUCCAUCGACUUUCACCUCAGAGCAGAGUUCUGCAGCUCUUAGUCACUGGUCUCAAAAUCUUCCUCAUCCAACACCACCCCCACCACCCAUUUCUCCAGACCUGCCUGGAGUUCUGCCCUGGGGGAACAGACACCCUGAUCCAUCUGGAGCUUCAUCUUUCUCCGAUUGUGCAUCAGACAGGCCAGCCCACUAUUCUUUCCAAAAUCAGUCAAGUGGUCUCUGGCAGAUGAACUGCUUCACAGCACACCCUGAAGGUUUAUCUGGACAUCAAGUGAAAUCCUAUUGUAGUGCCAAUCAGACCAUGUACUCGUCCAUGCCUGUGGACCAGGUGAUUCCUUUACAUCAAGCCAGUUUGGAGGGAGCUCUACAUAGACAGAAUCAGGCCCUGUCACACUACCAUCAGACCUCACUUGGAGAUAUCUCUGAUCUCAUAUAUAGUGCAGCUGUAGUCACCAAUCUAGAGGACUGCUGACAAGUAGAAUAAACAGUCUUGACGUAUUGCUCCAUA